UGAUGAAGAGUCCAUGUUAGUUUAAGGCUCUCUCGGGGUGAGCCACACUGUGUUCCCUUGUUUGUGGAGCAAAGAGGCGGGACUUUUUUUUUUUUUCUUUGGGAAAAAGAGGAAUGCGCUGGAAGUUUUCCUGCAGGAGACCUUCACAAGUUGAGGAACGUCUUUCCUAUCCGGUCCCCCCUCGUCUCCCUUCUCAGCAUGGACAUGUGGUCUCUGCUGCUGCCGCUGUGCGUCCACAUCUGCUUCUGCUCUGCAUAUGAAGGGUCAGGACAGCAGGCCUACGGCGAUGAUGAGGAGUGGUAUUCUCAUGCAUUCAAAGGGUCCGCGUGGUGUGCGCCAAUUAAGCUGAAACACGGAGACGUGAGCUGCCGCACGCCGCGGGGUCACCACUCAAAGAACGCCAUGGGGGCCCGCUGUAAAAUCCGCUGCAAACAAGGAUACGAGUCCCAAAGCACCGAGGUGGUGUGCAUGGCCAGCAAACACUGGUCUUCCAACUAUGCAUGUCGAGAGAUCCGCUGUCCCAAGAUGAACAUGCCCAUUAACGGCGGCUACAAGUGCUCAGACGGCUCCUACUACAACUCUCGCUGCGAGUUCUUCUGCUCUCCGGGAUUCACCCUGAAGGGCUCCAAGACGGCAACCUGCCAGUUUAACAAAGCCUGGAGCGCCGCCGUCCCCACUUGUGUCGACGAGGAGCCUCCAAAGAUCAAGUGUCCUCAUGUGAAGGACAAGUGGGCAGAACCAGGCAAGCUCACGGCCAGGGUGACCUGGGACACGCCUGAAGGCAUGGACACGGCCGACGGCAUCCUUACAGACGUAAUCCUGAAAGGGAAAGCUCCCAAAUCGGACUUCCCCGAAGGUCUUCACAAGAUGUCCUACACUGUGCUGGAUCGUGCGGGCAACCAAGGAUCCUGUCGCUUCACUGUCAGAGUGCGAGUGCGACGCUGCACUCCACUGUCUCCCCCCGACAAUGGCUACAUGAAAUGCGACAGCGACGGCGACAACUACGGCGCCACCUGUGAAUUUACUUGCACGGGCGGCGCUGAUCUGCAGGGCAGCGCUGCUCGAGUGUGCCAGUACGGACUCACCUGGUCCGGUAGCGACACCAACUGUGCACCCAUGAACAUUAACGUGGGGGUGCGCAGGGCCGCGGCACUGCUCGAUCAGUUCUACGAGAAGCGACGACUCCUCAUUAUCUCCGCACCGACGGCUGCCAAUCAUAAUUAUCGCUUCCAGAUGACCAAUCUGCAGCACGCCCAGUGUGGACUGGACCUACGGCACAUAACCGUCAUUGAGCUGGUCGGGAAUUACCCAGCCCAAAUCGGCCGCAUUCGACACAGGCUCCUCCCCCCCAUGCUAGCCUUGCAACUCAGGUUACUGCUCCAGAUCCCACAAAGGUCCUUCCAAAUGGUUCUAGUGGACAAGCAGGGCACGGACAAACAACGCUACCCGUUCCCGAUUACGGCGGCCGAGCUGUUCACCACCGUUGACACCUUUCCUCUACGCAAGGACGAGAUGCUGAUGCAGCAGGCAGCCGGACAGACCUGUCAGCCAUAAUGGCCCAUGCUCAUGUCCCCCCCCUACCCUGGGACUUGCAGCCAUUCUUGAUCCAGUGGCUUCCCCCUUGUCACAACACAUGCUGUAUGAUCAUGACACACCAUCCUCGUGUGUGUGGGUGCAUGUGUUUGAAACAACAGUUCUCUGCCAUGCCACUCAUCUGAAAGGAGAUUUUUUUUUUUAAGCCGUUCAAGUCACAUGUCACGACAAUCAUAUUGAUUCCUGUGUCUUGCCUACUGGUAUGUAUUUUUUUUAAAUAAUUAUUUUUCAAAACGUAUGUAAGUAUGUUUAGUACAAAAAAAAAAGUUUUACUGUAUCGAGUGGAAAACUAUACUAUUUAUGUCUCACUUCCUGAAUAAUAAUGUAUUCUUACACUCUCUGGAUUAUAAUGUGCGUCAGAAUGUUGUGUACACUCUCUGGAUCAAAUACAGUGGAACCUCCAAAGUCCAACUAAA